AUGCAAAUCGAAAAUCUACCUGAUGAACUAUUUGUGUACAUUUUCUGGUUUAUUCGACCCAAAGAUCUUUUUCAAGGAUGGUAUAACUUGAAUUAUCAUAUCAAUUCAAUUUUACGUUCAAUACCUAUAAGUAUCGAAAUCAAGAAAAAUGAUGAUUUCAACGAUUGUCUUCCUUCUCUUCAGCAUUUUUAUUCUCAAAUAGCCUAUCUCAAAGAUGAGCGCUACUUUCCAAAACCUGAAAUCGAUGUACGUCAACUAACUAAUAUUCGAUCUCUCUAUUUGAACCAAUGUUCAAAUGAACAAUACAAACAUAUUCAUCCUAACAAUCAACCUCACUUAACUCGUUUUUUCUCUUUGUCAGUGCCUUGGUCAUUCUAUGAACAGAUUCUUUUUGGGCAAACACGUUUUUCUCAUCUGACAUCUAUUGGAUUUGUGAGAGGUGCUUCAAUUUUAUUAAUGAAAUUACCAUAUUCUAUAAAUACAACAAUUCGUCAUCUUCAUUUACAUUCAGCAACAUAUGAAAUUAUCUCUAAAUUUCUUCAAUAUCUUCCUUAUAUUAUUUCAUUAACCAUCGAUUAUUUAUAUACAAACAGUUCAUCGUCUAUAAUACCGAUCACAAAUUCUUAUAUACGCCAUCUGACUUUGAUACAUAGUUUAUCAUCUCAAUCACAUUUCGAGGAGCUUCUCGUAUUCCUUGGUAAUUCCAAUUUAACAGAGGUUCGCGUGACAUUUGAUACUUGUGAAUUUGACAAGCUAGCUUGUAUUCUUACAAAACUUUCAUGCAUGGAAAAAUUCAAUUUGAAAGUGAAGACAUAUCCAUCAGAUCUCGAUUUGACCAUAAUUCGUCUGAUGAGUCCUUGGUUUCUAACAUUAAAUUAUGCAUAUGUCAUCGAACAAUAUGAGCUUAAACGGAUUCUUCUCAUUAAAACCACUAGAAAACAAUUAGACUAUCAAGCAACACUAAUUAAAUGA